UUUGAAGAUUAAAUAACUUUCAAUUCAAUUAGAUAUUCGUCAGCAGCCUCAGAUUAUAAAGAUAUCGGAUAAAUCCUUCAUAACAUCACUCCCUUUUACCCCUGAUUCGGCGCUUUGUCAGCUGAGAAGUUAAAGAUUUAACUCCGCCAACUUCUCAUGGAUUUAAAGAUGGAUACCUUCGUAAUAUCACCAACAUCAUUUCCGGCGCUUUUACGUCAACAGCUUUUCCACGUUAACUUCUUGUCCACGGAUUUCCGUGGAACAGCUGUUGGUCAUUAUGGUAUUAAAAGUAGUGUUAGAAUAGGUAAUGUAAUGUGCUAUGGUCUAAUAGGAGAUGUGCACAGAUAAUUAUCAUGACCAAUCAACAGUAUAUUCAUUCGUAUAUAACCAUGGCCAUCACUCGCCUUAAGUUAUAUAGAAUCCAUUUGACACCAAGGAUAACUAACAGGCUAGAACCAACUUGAAGAGAAGUAGUCACGAUGUAUUCUUUACAACUCUUGCUAGCUGCCGUCUCAUUGACGGUGCCACUUGUCGAGGCUCAAGCGCCGUUAAACGUUGAGCAGUCGACGGGUUUCAACUCUAGCUUUGCCCUGUCAAGCUCACAGAUAGAGGCCGCAAGCCUGUCGUCAACAGCAGUCACUAACAUCAACAUUGCUAUCAACUUCGACCGCUCCCAACUCGCCAACGGAGGCCCUGCCGAGGACAGCUUCUACGAGCUCCCACCACUUUCCGGAACGCCAAUUCCCGGUACCCUUCUUAAGGUCCAAGAGUUCACAAAUGCGUCGUCUUUUGUUAUCCCCCCUAACACAGCGCUCUCGCGCAUUCUCUACACAACUUCAAACCUCAACGGAACCGUUGUCCCAGCCUCGGCUUUUAUCCUCUGGCCCUUUACGCCUAAGAAGUUCCAAACAGGGGACGGAAGCGAGUCCACUAAAGCACCUGCCGUCCUCUGGACACACGGCACAGAGGGUUUCUUCGCCUCGGCCGGCCCUUCGACACAUAGGGCGCUUUGGUAUGGCAGCGAGGCACCUUUCACCCUGGCACUUGCAGGUUAUGCCGUGGUGGCGCCCGACUACGCUGGCCUUGGUAUCCACAAGUCUUGGGAUGGUAGCGAAAUCCCCCAUCAGUAUCUAAUGUCGCAGACAUCCGGACACGAUGCUCUCUACGCCUUCCAAGCCUCCCUCAAGGCAUUUCCUAACAUCCUGGACGAACGUUUCGCAGUUAUAGGCCACAGCCAGGGCGGUGGCGUCGCGUGGGGUGUUGCCGAAGUACUUGCGGCCAAGGGAGAUGAUGAAUUCAAGGGACUUAUAGAUGGGUAUCUCGGUACAAUCGCCGUGAGUCCCACUACGAACGCGUUCGUCGGCGAACUUGGAUUCAUAUUACCCUGGAUUGGAAUGAUUCUACCCAGCAUCUUCCCCGACUUCGACCUUAGCACGUGGUUAACUCCGUUAGGCAUCGCGCGAACGAAGCUCUUACAAGAAGUCGAGGGCGGAAUAGGCGUUUCGACGCAGCUUUUCUUAUCGGGCGAUAAUAUCAUCCAGGAUGGCUACGACAAGACCUGGUACAUUGAUGCGUACGGCAAGCUGGCAAAUGCGGGGCGGAAAGCCUUCAAAGGCCCGCUUCUUGUUAUCCAUGGCACGGAAGACUAUUAUAUCCCCGAAAACGCCACGGCUGCAACUUUUCAGGCCACCUGCGAAGCCGUUCCUGAUGGAGAUCUGGAGUACUUAGUUGUUAAUGGGACGUGGCACGUACCUACUCUUGAUGCCGCGAGACAGACCUGGCUUAAGUGGAUUGAAGAUCGGUUCGAGGGCCGAGCACUAGAGAAGACUGGUUGUGUCAAGUCUAGUUUGGAGAGUUUCCUACCCUUGGAGCGUUACCAGGCUACGGGAAAUUCGUUUCCUCAGUUUGCUGGCUUGCCGGAAUUUAGCUACCAAGUGCCUCUAGGACUUUGAGAGGGAAAUGUGGGAAAGCAAAGUACUCUGCUACUAAAUCAUCCCAUUCCUACGUCGUUUAUAAAUCAUAGUAUCAU